AUGGCUCGUGGGGUUUGGGGGUGUGAUGGGGGAGCUGAUGGUGGUGAGGCUGGUGAUGAUGGGUUUCACAGUGAUAUAUUCACGAUGCGUGAAAAGAAGGGAAUUAUAACGAGAAAACUGGCCAUUGAAGAACGAAAGAGGACCCCCCCCCCCGGCUCCUACACCUUCCUUCCAACCCCCUCUUCCCCCAGCCGCAGGGCAAACAACAAACUAGACACUGAUACGAUGAUCCGAUAUAACAACCCCCUCCCCCGGCAUGCAUCACAGCUCUCGGACUAUCAAGUUGUCAAGCGACAAAAAAAGCACUGGGAAGGAACACCCGUCCGCUCGGCCAGCCCAGCUCAGUUAGCGCGUGCUGUUCUUCCUGUGGAACUGCUGAUGUGCGAGCUGCUGGGUUGGGGUGUUGUCGGGGGUGUUGUCGAGGGUGUUCUUGCUAUCGUACAAUUCUUGUCACCUCGCACAGUCUUGUCCGUUGAAAAUUUCUCACUGCGACCCACGAACAAUGUUCAUGAAAGCAUCAGCUCCCCCAUCUAUGCAGCAGUUAGAUGUAUUUGAGCCACCCGAUCAAUAGCAGCUUGACACUGCCGGUCGAUAUAGAGCGGGGAAUCUUCGAGCUUGAAUUUUAACUUUUGGCAGUGGUGUUGUAUAGGGUGGGUUGGGGA